UUUUGUUCUGUCGUCGUCUCUACGUUUGUAUCUUGGAAAGUUCCGUGAGUCAGCUAUUGUUUUUGUCUGGACCAGAAACGUACGUAGCGAGACUAAAAAUAUAUAUUUUUUCUCUGACUUUUUGCCAUACACGAAGAAUGCUGUUUUAAGACGCCUUUGCCUUUUUUCGAUCACUGCUUUUACCACUUGAAGUGGUCUGUGAAAGAAGGCCUUGAGAUGACAAUGGUGACCAGGAAGAGAGGCAGGUCCUCAAACAGCUCCUGCCCCAGCAUGGGUGUACAGCUAUACAGCCCUGAUGUCACCGAUGAUGUAAAGCCAUCAUUUGUCGAAACAGAUACUCACAGAGACAUUUUAUUCGAGGACAGCAGUUCUCCCAGCGAGGACCUGGAGUUGUUUGGUUUGGAAGAUUUCAGCUGGGUGCUUGACAAGGAUGCGCUGCCUUCCCUUGGAGACAUCGAUACAUUGUGUGAGCUUAAAGAUGACGACGACUCCACAGAUCAACACUUUUCGGUGGGUGGGCAGAACUCGCAGAGGAAGUCAACGUUGGAUGUCUCAAGUCGUGGGAUGAACAAGAAUGCAAUUGCAGCCCGAAUUAAUCGCCUGAAGAAAAAAGAAUACGUCGGUGGCCUAGAGAAGAAAGUGGGUUUGCUGACAACAGAAAACCAGAUCCUCAAACAAGAAAAUGGACACUUGAACAAGCGAGUGGAAGAGUUGGAAAAUGAGACUAGGUACCUGAGAGCUGUUUUGGCCAACGACAGCAUGUUAGGUCAACUGUUAUCUAGAUUGAGCGGUGUGAACGGCAUGAAAUUUUCUACUUCACUUUUCCAGGGUUCAGAGACGAAUGACCACGACUAUGCCAUACCCAAAAAGAGGGUGAAGGCGGAAGAGGGACAAACGUCUGGUGGCGUCUGUUUGCAUGUGGACAAGGACCAUGUCUCUGUGGAAUUCUGCACUAAAUGUGCAGAAAGUGCGAGCGCAGCACUUAAAAUUUUUUCCCUAGGUGGUUGCCUGCUACCCAGGAUGAGAGGAUAUCUUGGCUCCGUGAUUGCAGUCAAGAGAUGAGAGGACAUCACAAACCGAUGUACGUUCCCCACUCCUUCCUUGAGAGAUGCAGAAGCUCCUUAGUCGAGAGAUAGAAUCUAUUUUGACUUAAGUGAAAUGCAGCACUAGUCUGUUUCUGUUCAUUUUUUGAGUUCUAUAAUUUUUUUUAAUUGUUUGCCAUAAACAGACAUGGACUUUGGGUUUCUUUUCUGUUGUGUAUAUAUUAAUUUAUCUAUGUGUGCUGCUUUGAUGACUUGAUGAAGUAGUCAAAAAGAAUGUUAGCUUAUGAAAAAUAAUCUAAUUAAGUGGUGUUUCUCAAAAGGCCUCUUCCUUACCUAAUCUGCAAGUUCAUGACAACACCAAAAUUUUCAUAUACAAAAUGAGAAAAAGAAAAAAAAAAAAUCUUGGUAAGCAAACUCCUUUUGAUGAAACAUCACUUUUUCCUAUGAGGACUGUUUUCAUUUGGCGAUUUUAUUUUUCCUUUAUGCUAAAGUGGAUAUGCUGUGAGAAGCUGAAGAAACGGGACCAGCAGCAGCCAUCUUGGCCCUGGUAUAUGUUAAAGGUAGUAUGUAAUCGGGUGUAAGUUCCAUCUUUGUGGUUAUCCAUUACACAUGAACAUGCUUUGUUGAGUGGAGAUCGCACAGUUUGUGUAUGAGACGGCAGUGCGGCAAACAUGCUGACAUAGUGCAACAUCAACACAACACUGAAACCAAUUAACAGUCUACCACCAUUCAGUUAUUUUGGACGGCCUUCAUAGUAAUAUGUGAAGUAGUAACUGGACAGGUUUAGAAAUCCAGUAGGUUUCAAAGCUUCAUGGCUACUCUUUAUGUGUGAAAUGUACACAUCUGUUCUGGGAACAAAUAAUUAUGUUUAAAGAAUGAUUUUGUUUGAAAAUAAAUGUAAUUUUCAGUA